CGAGGGGGAAAAAUCCCACCGAGAAAUCCCCCUCCAUUCCCUCCCUCGUGGCCUCGUCUCCUCCCGUGGCCCGUGGGGGACGGCACGCAACCACACGCAGCCACUCACCGGUGAGCGGCGAGGCGACUGGCGCGGCCGCGCACCGCAGUCACGCACGCAGGCGCUCAAUGGCUGCGUCACUCUGCUCCCCGCCUCCGCUCCCUUCCGCCUUCCGCCGAUCCCGCGCCGUCGUCCGCGCCUCCUCCUCCUCCUCGUCGUCAUCCGCCGUCUCGUCGUCGUCGUCCGCCCCCAAAGCGCGGUUCGUCGCCCGCCGCUCCGAGUCCGUCCCCGUCCAGCAGCUGGUCCGCCCGCUCGCGGAGUACAUGAGCUUGCCAGCCAGCCAGUACUCGGUGCUGGACGCCGAGCGCAUCGAACGCGUCGACGACUCCACCUUCCGGUGCUACGUGUACCGCUUCCGUUUCUUCGCGCUUGAGGUCUGCCCCGUCCUCCUGGUCCGCGUCGAUGAGGAACCCGACGGCUGUUGUAUUCGCCUCCUCUCCUGCAAACUGGAGGGAUCACCGCUCGUGGAGGCGCAGAAUGAUAAAUUCUCAGCUUCCAUGGCGAAUAGGGUUUUCUGCAGCAGCAAGUCGCAAGAUUCGACCCUUCAACAACUUACAUCAGAUACUACAAUAGAGGUUGCAAUUGAUAUACCUUUUCCAUUUCGAGCAAUACCAGUUGAAGCCAUUGAAUCAAGUGGCAGGCAAGUGCUUGAACAGUUACUCAGAGUCAUGCUUCCAAGAUUUCUGAAGCAGCUUGUUAAAGACUACCAAGCUUGGGCUUCUGGCGAUGCUUCUAGGAAACCACUUGGCACUGGUGAAAUCUGAAGCUGCCCAGUGUCUCCAUUACGCAUGAUAGUUUGAUCGUAGAAUUCAGUUAUUGCCCCCUUGUGUUGUAUAGCAAUCCUGCCAAAACAAUGGGCAUGCUUGUUUCAGUUUUUUUUUGCUGAUUUUGGCUGCCAAAAGCUGUUGUAUGCUAAACGCUCAGUUUUUCAUUCCACUUUUAUGAGAAUCGUUUUGAUGAAAAAA